UGGGGUGACUGACACAUGCUUCCAAUGAUUAGGAGCACACAGUCCGUCAUUACUUUGUCAUUCUGUCCUCACACACAGCAGAGGCAACAUGAGGCUGCGGGUCGUCCUGCUGCUCGCUCUGCUCGCUCACUCCUUUGCUGCUGAAGAAUCAUGUAUGGAUCGCUGUGAGAAUGGCUUCGACUCUCAGAGGAGCUGUCAGUGUGACUCCAUGUGCAAGUACUACAAGAGCUGCUGCUAUGACUUCGAGGUGACCUGUGGGAUGAUGACUCGUGGAGACACGUUUUCGUUUCCAGAGGAUGCUGAUGAAGAUGAGGAGUUUGUGGGCACCACCCCUUCCCCCAGACAUUCAGCACAGUCUUUUAUCACAGCUGGUCAUCCGCUGAAAACCAUACGUCCGCCCGUCUCUGACUUCAGACCACAGCAGCUUCCAGAAUCCACACUAGACAUGAACAAACCACCACGACUGAUGGACCCCAUAUUUCAGAGAGUCCCCAUCAGACAGCAGACACCCGCCUCAAACACUGUCCUCCCUACACAGAAGGUCCCCUUCACAACUGAACCCCCUGAGAUUAAUACAGCAACUCAAACGACCACUGUACCCGUCACUACCCGCACCACUGAAGCCCCUGACCCAGACGCUGAGGUCUGCAGUGGAAGGCCUUUUGACUCUUUCAUGCAGCUUAAAAAUGGCUCCAUCUUUGCCUUCAGAGGGGACUACUUUUUUGAACUGGACCAGAAGUCGGUUGUGCCUGGUUAUCCAAAGCUCAUCAAGGAUGUGUGGGGCAUCAACGGGCCAAUCGAUGCUGUUUUCACCCGCGUCAACUGUCAAGGGAAGACCUACAUCUUCAGGGGUAACAAGUACUGGAGGUUUGAUAGUGGCGUACUGGACGAAGACUAUCCUCGAGAUAUCAGCGUGGGAUUUGACAAAAUUCCCGAUCACGUGGACGCAGCAUUUGCCCUCCCGUCCUCAGGUCAUCAUGGACGAGAGAGAGUCUAUUUUUUCAAAGGGGAUCAGUAUUACAUGUAUGAGUUUUUGCACCAGCCGUCUCAUGAGGAGUGCAUCACUAUGUCUGAGAGGUCUCCGUCCACGCUGUUCAGAAGCUACACUGACGUAUACUACAACGCCUAUGAAAGUUUCUUCAGCGAGCUUUUCUCUGACUUGCCUGAGCAUCAUAGCAAUCACCACUUCAUUGACAAAGACUGGAAGGGCCUCAAGUCUCCGGUGGAUGCUGCCAUGGCAGGAAGGAUCUAUGUGACUCCCUGGAGGUCAUCACGCCGUGACGGCUAUGGCCAGGACCAGCAGUGGGAUCAGCAGUACAGACGACAGUGGGAUCAGCAGAACAGACAACAGUGGGAUCAGCAGAACAGACAACAGUGGGAUCAGCAGAACAGACAACAGUGGGAUCAGCAGUACAGACGACAGUGGGGUCGCAGGAGGCAAAACCGUUCACCCGGCUGGGGCUCCAUGGGUGAGCAGGGCAUGAACAUGGGUCAGGACUUGGCUACCAGGGGGAUGGAAAUGGGUCUGAAGUUGGCAGAGAAGAGGAUGGAAAUGGAGGAGCGGCUUGGACGAGGCUGGGACAUAGAGUGGGGACAGGAAGGGGACCGAUACCCGCAGAACAACAGACGCAAUUAUGACUCCAGAAACGACAGGUGGCACUUGGAGAGAGCGAGGAGAUUGCCCAUUCAGAGCGUCUACUUCUUUAAAGGAGAUAAAUACUACAGAGUGGACCUCAGCACCAAGAGAGUCGACCCUGCCGUUCCUCCAUAUCCCAGAUCCAUCGCCCAGUACUGGCUCGGCUGCUCAAAAACCAGCGGAUCAGAGAAGUAGUGGUCCCAAAUGUCUAUAUUGAUAUUUUUGUGUACAACAGGAUCCAGAUGGGCUGUGUUCACUGUGAUAUCUGUGUCAAACAUGUUCAGUGUAACAAAUAACUAGCUGCUCAUUAACU